AUUAUGUCGACGCAGUCUAACCAGGCUCUUGUUCAAGCCUACUCGCAGCUUGCCACGGCCGAUUACAUUACCAUAGCUAUCGUGUCCCUCGUCGUAUACGAGAUUCUCAUUACAAUCGGCGACGAGGUUAGGAUUGUGUGGCAAAGACCUGUCACUGCACCGGCCGUGCUGCUCGGCUCGGUGCGGUGGUGUAUACUCCUCGCGGCUACCCUGCAGCUUGUGCCGUCAACUUCGAACAGCUGCACACCACUCGAAAUCAUGGUCUGGAUAUUCAGCCUCAUUCAAUUUCUUCAGAUCGCUCUCUUUUCUGCCCUGCGUGUCUUCGCUAUCUGGAACAAGAGCUAUGUCUGGUCGUUGGCGGUGUUCGCUCUAAGCAUGGUGCCGUUCGCGAUAAAUCUAUAUCAAGCGGUGGAGUCGAAGUACGUAUCAUUCAUGGACCCACUCACCGGAACGACAUGCAACGAGGAGAUCAUAUUCUCUGCACGAACACACAGCAUGUUGGUGCUCACGUAUGUCGCACGCGGUUCACUUAUCCUCGCCGACGCGAUCGUUCUCAUCUUAACGUGGAUGAAAACGCUCGGAAACUGGUUGGCUACCCGCCGCCUCAACAUGACGGUCUCGCUAACGACGUGUUUGUUACGCGAUGGAACUCUCUAUUUCAUAGCUCUGCUAGCGAUAAACAUAGCUCAACUACUAAACGAUAACUUCUCUGCGAACUUAUCUAUACCACUCGUGAGCAUGCUAACGACCAACAUGCCCUCGGUGCUCAUCAGCCGCUUCAUGAUCAACCUCCGGACGACCGGCUCGGAAGCAUCGGACUAUUCCAUGCACACGAGUGAUCGACGGCAGGGUCAGUCGACACUCCAGUUCAGAACGCCAGAGGAUCUGUUGGGCAACAUUGGAGGGACUCUGCAAGAUGGCUGGAGCGACGAGUCCUGUGACGAAGAGGACGAUGCUGCGGGAGUGUACGAUGAAGGACGUCUUGAUAUCAGUGCAGAAGCGUGAGCGGGCGUCGAUGACUGAGCUGCACUUUGUAGUAUGCUAUGUUUCAGGCGGAUAGCGUC